UGCUCUCGGCGCGUUGCCUGCUUGACACUUCGGCUGCGGCGGGAUGGCGCCGAGAGUUGCAGCGUUCUGUGGGAUGCUGCGGCCGCUCUGCGUAGGGCCGAGCCUGCUGAUCCUUCAGCUCUUGCUCGUGUGUCCGCCGGGCCCGGCUGCGGCUGGCCAGCUCUCCAAGUGGCGACUGCCGGCGCCCGUGGGGAAGAAUUUGUUUAACUUUGGAAAAAUUCUCUUCAACAACACUACCAUUUUCCUAAAGUUUGAUGGCAAUGCAACAGCAUGUGAUCCUUCUCAAAGUUACAACGUCAGCUGGUACUUGGGAUAUUCUAAUUGCUAUAAUGAAGUCUUUGACUUUGGGGAUAAGCAGACAGAGAGAGAUUUUUCUGAAGAAAUUCGUGGUUGGUCAGGACACUACGCUAAGUCUACACUCUUCUUCCCCAACUGCUCUGAGCUCUUCAAACCACAGUUUUUCUACAAAGAAUUUCUUCAUCCAGAAGGUCUCUCACAAGGAAAACCAGAGGAUAAGAGACAGAAUGGAACAAACCAAACUUUUGAAGCAGAUAAAUCUGCAAUGAAUGCUGUGAUGAAAACCUGGAAAGAUGGACCUUACAUCUUUAUUGUGCAGAUAGGUGUUUCACCCUUGAAAGAGGCCAGCGUGAAAGAAAAAAGAAUGACAAAUGAAGGGUUACCAAAAGUUAUGGCUACUUCUGAUCCCCAAGAAACACUUAUUACCAUGAUUGUGGAAGUCAGGGGACCAUAUGAGUACCUCUCUCUUGCAGAUUAUCCGCUUAUGAUUUUUUUCAUGGUGAUGUGUAUAGUAUAUGUGUUGUUUGGAGUUCUGUGGCUUGCCUGGUCAGCUUGCUACUGGCGAGACCUCCUAAGGAUCCAGUUCUGGAUUGGUGCAGUUAUCUUACUGGGAAUGUUGGAGAAAGCUGUCUUUUAUGCAGAAUUUCAGAAUAUCCGCUACAAAGGAGAAUCUGUCCAGGGGGCAGUGAUACUAGCUGAGCUGCUUUCGGCACUGAAGCGUUCACUUGCUCGAACUCUUGUUAUCAUAGUGAGCCUGGGAUAUGGGAUAGUCAAACCUCGUCUUGGAGUAACUCUUCACAAAGUAAUCGUGGCUGGAGCCCUCUAUUUAUUAUUUUCUGGCAUGGAAGGAGUCCUUAGAGUCACAGGGGCACAGAAUGAUCUUGCCUCCUUGGCUUUUAUUCCAUUGGCUUUCCUAGAUACUGCCCUUUGCUGGUGGAUAUUCAUCAGUUUGACUCAGACAAUGAAACUGCUAAAACUUCGGAGAAAUGUAGUGAAGCUCUCUCUCUAUCGACAUUUCACCAACACUCUCAUCUUGGCAAUAGCAGCAUCUGUUGUUUUUAUCAUCUGGACCACUGUGAAAUUCAGGCUAGUAAAUUGUCAGUCGGAUUGGCAGGAGCUGUGGGUGGAUGAUGCCAUAUGGAGGCUUUUGUUUUCAAUGAUUCUUUUUGUCAUCAUGGUUCUUUGGAGGCCAUCGGCCAACAACCAGAGAUUUGCUUUUUCACCAUUGGCUGAGGAAGAUGAAGAUGAUGAACAGAAAGAACCAAUGCUGAAUGAAAGCUUUGAAGGAAUGAAAAUGAGGAGUUCAAAGCAAGAACUAAAUGGAAAUCCUAAAGUCCACAAAGCACAGGAAGAUGACCUGAAAUGGGUAGAAGAGAAUGUUCCUUCUUCAGUAACUGAUGUUGCUCUCCCGGCACUUCUGGAUUCAGAUGAGGAAAGAAUGAUCACACAUUUUGAAAGAUCCAAAAUGGAGUGAAAGGGGAAAAUUGCAGGACAAGACUUCCUGCAGUUGGAGAAAGGGAGAAACUUCUGUCUCCCUUAGAAUGUUCCAGUGCUGCAUUCUUCUGAUGUGUUCUGCAAACCUUCACCUCUGGAGUUGGACAUUGUUCUCAGAGAGAGAACGUUUUACUUAGGUCACUACGGAAGGGAAUGACAAACUUGAUGGUAAAUCUAGGAAAACAUUUGAAUUUGAAUUGUUACUGAAAAUUGGUUUUUUAAAACAAUUUAAAUGUCUUUUAUUACAGCACGUUCUGUUGUUUUUAAACUAUUUAAGUGAAACUAAAACUUUUACAACUGCCUGAGGAACUAUUAAUUCAAUAUUACAGCUAAAUUCCACACAUUUUAAACAAAGAAGAGGCAGGAAAGGGGUUAUGGAUGGUUUCUUCCCAAACCAGUAAGGGUGAUCCAUGCACCAAAGUAGGCUUUGGCAUGCAGACAGUUGCCAGAAAUCUGUACACAUGAGAAGGAACUGCACAUGGCAGUAAAUCUUGCAUGCAGCAUUUGGGGCUGUAGGUAGGGGAGGGAGAGAUUGAGUCCCAUCUCUCCUCUGCUCCCCACUGAGGAUUGCACUGCCAGAGCUGGCAACAUCAACCGUCUCUACACAAGUUUCUUGCACACAGUAGUGUGUAUGCAACCUGCUAGAAACUGUAAAUCAGGGUCAGUGCCUUUCAUUUUUCUUGGAUACAGCAGUUGUUGAUUGAAGACUGCGAUAUUAGCUUGGGAAAGGGAGGGAGCUUUGGAUUGGAAGAGGAGUUUUUGCUUACAGAAAGUAGUCAACAUGUGUCACAAGGGAAGUAUUUGGCAAAGUUAUGAUUCCUAAUGGUUUUAGCAAAAUCAAGUGCAAUUUUAUUCACACUACGGUGUAUGAUUUUUUAAAAUUUUUAAAUUUUACUUGGAAGCGAUUACUGAACUCUUAAUGUAUAUUCUGGUAUCUUAUCGCUGGAAAUGGGGUGUGAGCAUGAGCAGUUAACCAAAUCAGAGCAAUAUGUGAUUUAAUGAAACACCCCAGCACCUAUUCACUAUCCUUGACCAGCUCCAUGCCUAUCCUUCCUUUGCAGUAUGGUUUUGGAAUCUAUGGCAUAGUCUCACAAAUUCACUUCAGUCAAACUAAACUGGUCCUGUACAACUCACCCACUUGCCUUUUAUCAUGGUUUGCCAAGUGCUUGAUAACAUAUUCUGUUUUUGACAUCUCAAGUAGACAGCAAAAAAAAAGAAAAAAGGGGGGGGUGUUAUCCAGCCCCUCAGCGAGCUGUGUUUGUGGAGGCCUACUCUGAAUUAUUGCAUACAUAAGACUCAUCUGUCCUUGAUUUGCACAUGCUCUUCAUGUAAAUGUGAUCUGAAUAUCCGUUGUCCCUUUGCAGUUCUCAAAUAAGCAGCUCUCUAAAUAACCAAACAAGCACAGUUUCUGUACAUGCACUCCCUUAUCCCAUGUAGCACCUGACAACCUUUCCCCCUCCCCACCAAAAAGGCCCAGUGAAUCCUGUCACACAUUCCCUGAACACCAUUUACCCUAUUCAAUCCCAUCCCAGUUAAUUCUCCCCCUGAAGCCCCAGAUUCCUCAUGAGCUGUCCAUGACUGCACAUUUUAAAUGUAUUUUAUGGGGAAAUACCACAGAAGUUUGUGAGGGAGACUUCUCAGAAAAUGGAAUUUGCCCUUGGAAUGAUAUUAAAGGAUUACCAAAGGAACAAUUUCAGUUUAUCCUAGUGUUCUCCAGGAAUAAAUAUGAUCGUUUUGGGAUAUUUCAGUUCUGGAAGAGUUCUAGGAAGUAAUGGGCAGAUAGUGUUUGAAUCUGAAAUUUUCAAAUUUGGAUGCCGAAAUUUGAGUUUUAUCCCCAGUAUCUGGUAUAUUAAUCUCUCCAGCAACACCUGGAGCAUAUAUGAAAAUCAUGUUCUAGUUAAAAAUUUAAAUUAUUUUGAAAUUUUGGAUUUUGACUGAGAUUUAGAAGUUCCAGUGCUUAAAUUCUGCAUUCCAAAUUAGUUUUAACUGUAUGUAUAAGUGGUUUGGUAAUGGGAUUGAUUUCCUUUAAUUUUACAGGCACUUUUUUCAUUUGAUUUGGUCUAAGUUGUAAAUUUUUGUUCUGUAUAAAAUAAAGUUCUUUUUUUCUUAAAGUGGUAGAAGUUAA